AUGCCCUACAACAAGAAGCGGCAGAUUGACCCCGAUAGCGACGGAGAGCAGCAGGCCGUUAAAAAGUCAAAGAGCGCUAAGACAGCUAAGAAGGACCUCGCUCAAGGCAAAGAUGCAGAAGGAAACCCAUACUGGGAGAUUGGCAACAACCGGCGCAUCGGCUCAUCACAGUUCAAAGGGGCUACCUUGGUCAAUAUCCGGGAGUAUUACACAGCACCCGAUGGGGAGCUACGGCCGGGCAAGAAGGGCAUCUCCCUUUCUCUCGACCAAUACAAGGCGCUUCUCAGGAUCAUUCCGCAACUGAACGACGAGCUUCGCUCGCAGGGCCACGAUGUUGGCGGCCUUCCAGCGACUGGGACGAGUGACGUGCUGGUAAAGGCGGAAAGGCCAAAGGCCAAGAGGUCGAAGAAGGCCAACAUCGACGUAACAAGCGACGAGGAGGAGGAGGAGGAGGAGGACGACGACCACGACGGGGAGUGAGGGAGGGGCAGUUGGUCUCCACGCGCGGCGUUUUCAUUGCUAUCUUUCUGUCCAGUUUUCUUGGGUGCCGACCUGCUUUCUGGGUUGGGGACACCGGGCAUUUUGCUGGGUUCAUACGCAUGAUACGAGGUGACGACUGCAGAACUGUACGGAUCCGUACCAUAUUCGUUGCGUUUCUCAAUUACUCGACUGAAAAUCGGCCAGAGUUCGCCUGAGCUGGUUAUUCACAAUUGCAGGAGAACAACUAAUACAACCACAAUACACUCCGCAGCGUUCCAUUUCAUCGUCGGCGAAUGGUUGUUUCUCAGCAGGUGUCUGGUAAAUUGCUUCUAGCCCUUCACGAAGCUCGGCU